AACUCAAUUUAAAUUUACGCGUAACUUUGCUAAUACCUAUAUCUUUUUAGUGAAUUAAGAAAAAUCGAGAAAAUAAAAACUCAUCGUGAUUAAAAGUCGGUGAGACGUAAAGUGACAGUCAUAGGGAAAAAAUAAAACAUAUACAAUAGCUUAGUGCUAUAAGCUAGAUUAAGGCUUUGCGUUCUAAAUAAAUGAUAGAUAAUUGGUUUGGUUUCUAGUGUUGUUAAGAAUGAGUGGUUUUGAGGUGGAAAAGUGUAAACGUACUGUUCAGUUCAGUGUCAGAGUCUGUUGCAAGUUGCAUUCGGUUGAUGCACCAACCACCACCGGCAACGGAACCGCCAUCGGUACCACCGGCCUCUUAAAUUGAGUUCUCUAGUGUCUUGUUGCAAUUUAAUGUGCGUCUCAUCUUCGUUAUCUUAUAUGUACUCGGGUAUAUUUUGGAUGCGGUAAUCGAAACCACGCGGCAUCCAAAUCAAAACCAUUUAUAUAUUUUGCAAAAAGUCAUCAUCAUGGCUUAUGUAAUAUGGAAGAUAUUUUUGAAGCAGUACACACGGAUACGCAAAGAUUUACCACGAAUAAUUGUUAAUCCAAGCAAAGCACCAGAUGUUGUUGGUGGCAGUAGUGGUAGAAGUGGUGGUGGCAGUGAAAGAAGUAGUGUAAGUAGCAGUUUUGGUGCAGCAGGAAAAAGGUGUGAAAUAGUAAACAUCUACGACGAAGACGGGCAACCAAGUUGCUCCAGUUCCCUGCCAACAUCGGCUGCCCUUUGUGUGGAUAUUGCCACAUCAGAAAACAAUCCACAACAACCAAUCGACACAAAUCGGGUCGUAGAAGUUCGUCGAAGCAAAUCGCGUGUUCGAACUUAUCUGAAAAAGUGCAAGGAUCGAUUGACAGGUCAUCACCCGCAGGAUGAGCUUUGCACUGAAGAUUGUUUCGAUAACAACAAGAACAGCACCAGCCCAAUUCGAACAACUAUUACCCUGAUUCCGGAUACGUGUUUUCUUGUAGAUGAAACAAAAGUUGAAUUACCAUCACCCCCAAUACCAUCAAAAGUGACUGAAACCAUUCGAGUGGUGGAUGACUUAGAGGACUAUCAUCAUCAUCAUCAUCAUCAGGACCAAGAUACCGCAAAUAAUAAUCAUCGAGAGGAUAAUUGGGGCGAUGAUGUGUUGUUGAAUUUGUCGGCAGUUGUGCUUGAGGAAGUGGAUUUGGAGUUUGAUGAAUUGGUCGACAGCUAUCUGGGCGAUGUCUAUCCACUUUACUAUGAGAAAACGCGUUCGACAUUGAUAAGGCAGGCGCGUGAUGUACUCGUGUGUGAAUAUCGCGGUUGUAUGAGGACGUUUGAGAAGAAGUUCUUAAGGAAAUUCGCUAAAAUUGCGGAGGAUUUAAAGGAAAAACAUGCCGAUGGAAAGUCGAUUGUCUGGCCCGAAGGAUGGCCAUUAGCAACUUGUUCCGGAGAGCUGAUUCUUCAGCUGGGGGCCAUAGAUGAAGCCUUGUUACGUCCAUGUGACGUUUAUAUUUGUGUUAAGCCAGGUAAAAAUUCGAGUGUAGAAUUGUGUGCUGUUUGGCGAACACCUGCAGCUAUUGGAUCGACUGUGCAAAGCCGAAUUAUCGACUAUCGCAACAGUUACAUAAGUCCAUUAUCCUUAGAGAUGUUGUCCGACGAAUUGCCACAGCUGUUGCAGAAUCUGUUGGUAGGUGUGGAACGUGCCAUCGGACGAAUAUCCUUGACCGACUUAUCAUUUCCGACCGGUUUUCCGGCGCACGAUAUAAGUGCAUUUGAUACGAAUUUAUAUGGAAUCGAUGAAACAACAACAACAAACACAACAUCAGCAACACCAAAAACAGGUGCAACCUCAACACCAUCUCCAUCACCGACACCAUCAACAAUAACAACGUCGUCUUCUUUGUCGACAUCGACGUCGAUGAACGAUAAGAAUUUAACGAGUUCACCAAAGUGCGCUCUCAAGCGGAGUGAAUUAAUAACAAAGAACAAAAUGUUAAACAACAAAUAUUUAUUGAGACGGCUGUCUGGGAAGCAGGAUAAUAAUUGCAAUAUGCUGCUUACGACGACGACGUCAACAACAACGCCGUCAAGUUGUCGCAGUCUUGGAAGUAAUGAAAGUGCCUCGAGUGACGAUAACCACAACAACAAUAAUUCCUUGAAUCAUCCUGCUCCUUCGACGGCAACAACACCGACCAGCACCUCAUCAAUGCCACUCUUUUGUUUGGGAAACUCCUUUCCACAUAUUGACAGUGAUGAGGAGGUGAAUCCUGACGAGAAACAACAAGCCAAGGAAAUAGAUAAUCAAUUGCCUGAUGAGAUUAUUGCUCCACGCUCGAUUGCUGAAUUACCAGAGAAAUUAUUGUCAUCUGGGAUACAUCUGCCAGGAACACGCGAUCUAAGUGGCCGACCUAUUGUUAGCGUGGAUGCUGAGUGUUUGAUGAACUCUAGUUUAAACUGCUAUGAGGUUGCAACCGUUUUGCUUUUCUACAGCACCAUCCCAGAAAGUACAACAACAACAGCAUCAGAAACGCCACCAGCAUUUACCAUUCUAAUCAGCAUCGAGAAAUCCAGCCACCUGAAUGCAAUCGAAUUAAUUUGCAACAGUCUGAAGCUCCUAACAAGGCAUUUCCAGUUCAGUGAAAUUCUUGCCGUAUGCAUAGAUCGAAGCCUGUUAUUGAGUAAGCUGACAAAUAGGGACCAUGACAAGCACUCAGUGAAACUCAUUAGCGUGGAUGAAGUCACGAACAGCAUUGCAGCUGAACAAGUCCCUAAAAAGUGCGCUGGAUUACAUCAUCAUGACCAGAAGAAGUGGCGUGAAAUAUUCACACUAAUCGAUACGCUCCAGAAUCAGUGCUUGGCGGCUGGCCAACGUCUUGUUACCACCAUGGGUGAAAUACGGUCAUCCGAUCAGCAAGGCUUGCCGACACGUCGGCAGCUCUAUGCUCAACAUCGUGCUCUAAGUCGGGCUCUAAUGGACUCUGAGUUGCACAAUUUGAGGAAACGUGCUCCCGUGACGUUGGCCCGAUUACAGGACUUAGCCAAAAAGCUGAAUUAUAGCCAUAGCAUUAGCAUCAGUAAUAAUGAGAAUAGCAACAACAUCAACAACAAUAACAACAACAACAAUAGUAGUAAUAGUAGCAGUAGUUAUAAUAGUAGUAGAAAUAGUUAUACCAAAUCUUCGGUGACGUCAUCGCCGAGCAAACAACCCAAUCCAACAAUCACCACUGGAGGUACCUUAACCGCAUCCGUAUCCACAUCAACAGCAUCAAUAGCAACAAAUUCAGCAACAAAUAGCAACAACAACAACCACAGCAGUAAUAACAUCGAUGUCGCAAUUAGACUGAACAAAGUGACGAUGUUAUUCAAUGAAGUUGACCGAGCUGCCAAACGUCUGGAACAACUAACCGAGCAGCGGAGAGAACGUUUACGUGAGCUGACAAGACAGCGUGCACUUGAAGAUGAAAUUAAUGAGGUGAAAUCCUGGAUACAAACAGAUGGACAGGAGAAUCUGAUUAAAUUCACUGGUCUACAGCUGGACUGUGAAGUAGCCAUCAAGGAGCAUGAAAAGGAAUUCGAAAAAUAUUACUUCAUUUCGAUGAAACAUUUGGCCAAAGGCAGUGACCUUUAUGAUGCCGCCGUUGAUAUGGAACCCCUCAAAGACUCUGCCACACAAUUGAAAACAUCUUUGGACAGUUUUAGUGUCAAAUUGGAACAAACCCGUGAACGUAUCGAAGAUGCCUCACGUCUGCAUCAUUUGCUCAACUUGCACAGCAAGGAAGAAGAUAUGCAACACGAAAUGCAACGUCUCUCGGCAAAAUUGGGCGAACCAUCAUUGGUGGAGAAGUGUCAUGCGGUGACACUUAAGUCCUACUCCAAUCGGGUGAAACCAAAGAAUUCAAAUACAAUGAUGAUGGUGACGAGCACUCCGGACAAAAUGAUGACCAAUUCGUCAUCGAACAAUGAUAGUUUGUGCCAUUGCUGGAGGGAGGAAUCUUCAAGGGAUGAACAGCACGGUGAUGAGGACGAAGAGGAACACUCGAAGAUUGCCGAUUCGGGACUGGGUGGAUGCGAUCGAUGUGAGGGCAAUCCCAAGUUGGCUCGGGUGUGCUCCUGUCAGAGUCUCAAUGAGGCUGGACAGAUGUGUGACAAGAGUGAUGAACUCGACGAUGAUUGCUAUGGAAGAAACUCGAAGCAGUUCUUGGACAUUCACUCACCAAUGGAAGCCAAUUCUCAUCUUCAGUGUCAUGCUUCAAACAUGGAUCUGCCCAGAAUUGAAGAACUUAGCGGUCUCGAUCCAAAAGUUCAAAAGAGACUUCUGUUGAUUAUGCGAGAGAUGAUCGGAACUGAACGAGACUAUGUUCGAUCCCUCUACUAUGUUAUCGAAAACUAUGUUGGUGAAUUGUUGCGAGAUAAUUUACCACAACCAUUACGCGGUCAGAGAAAUGUAAUUUUCGGAAAUAUCGAGAAGAUUUUCGAAUUUCAUCAACCACAUUUUUUGGCCGAAUUAGAACGAUAUGAAUGCAAUCCAUUGAAAGUUGGUGCGGCUUUCUUGGAAAAUGAAUCAAAAUUUUAUUUGUACGCUUUGUAUAAUAAGAAUAAACCAAAAAGUGAUACGCUUAUGAGCGAAUAUGGAACGACAUUUUUUAAGUCGAAACAAAUGGAGCUUAAUGAUAAAAUGGAUUUGGCUUCGUAUCUUCUGAAACCUGUACAAAGAAUGGGUAAAUAUGCACUUUUGUUGCAGCAGUUGGUGAAAGCAUGCAGCUCGGUUGAGGGUUCUGCACUUCAUGAAAUCGCCGCUGACGUCGAAGAACUUCACCGUGCCGAAGAAAUGGUAAAAUUCCAAUUAAGACAUGGAAACGAUUUACUUGCCAUGGAUUCACUUCGUGAUUGUGAUGUAAAUGUCAAAGAACAAGGUCGAUUAUUGCGCCAAAAUGAAUUUCUUGUUUGGCAAGGACGAGGUGGCAAAAAGUCACUGCGACAAGUUUUUCUAUUCGAAGAUUUGGUUCUAUUUAGCAAAGCUCGUCGAUUCCCAGAUCAUAAGAAUUUGGAUAUUUACAUAUACAAAAAUAGUAUAAAAACGUCAGAUAUUGGUUUGACAGCACACACAGGUGAUUCGUCGACAAAAUUCGAAAUAUGGUUUAGAAAACGUAAACCCGAAGAUACAUGGACAUUGCAGAGUAUGUCGGAGGAUAUCAAAAAUGCUUGGACAGAAGAGGUUUCGAAGUUGCUAUGGAAACAGGCGAAACGAAAUCGAGAAAUUCGCCUUGCCGAAAUGUCUUCAAUGGGCAUCGGAAGUAAACCUUGUUUAGACAUACGUCCGAGCAAUAAUCAGAUCAGUGAUCGAUCGAUUACAAUCAAUCAAUUGGGAAAAGCUCCAAAACUACGAAACUCGUUUGCAGGAAGCAUGUCGGAGAACAGCAAGGCUCCACGUCGACCAAACUCAUUGAUAUCCGAGAGUUCAAUGUCAUCCGGAACAAGUGGUUCAUCGAUAAGUAAUGGCUCUGGCGGGAGCAAUAGUGGCAAGAAUCCAGUUAGUGGAUUAGAGCUCAUCAAUGAAACACAGACACUUGUUUUAAGUGGAAAAGUUCGAGGUAAUCACAAGCGUUCAACCACACUUAUAAGUCAGCUGUCAAUGGAAAGUGGAAUAAUGUCCGACAUCUCGAUGACGCCGGAUAAUGAAUCACACGAACCAGCAUGGCCUCUAAUGCGAAAACCCAGCAACACUUCAUCAUCAUCAUCCUCAUCGGCUCACACAGAUUUCCCACGUCGAAAUCAAGAGCUUAGCAGCCCUGAGCAGGAUCAUCCCUACUUAGACAGUUCGGUUACCGUCCAUUUGUAAAUUUUUCUACUCCCCAGAAAUACCAACCUUGCAACACACCUUCCCCACAGUCCCCUCCGACUCAAAGUAUCUAUCCAAUUGCUGCCGUUAUUUGAUUUUUUUACCAUAUAAAAUCUAUCUUAUUCAGAUUCAAUUAGCUUUGUGUAAGUGUUGUAAUUAAAAAACAAAAAGAUAUUUUAAUUUAAUUCUUAGUACGUAAUUCUCUUAUAAAUAUACAAAAAAAGAAAAAAUAUAUUAAAUUUUUGUUUUGUUUAAUAUUAUUUUCCUUAUUUUUUUUUUAUUAUUUCUUAUUCUAUUUUUUGUUUUGUUUAAUUUAAUUUUAUUUAAUUUCUUCUUUUUUAUUUUGUUUAUAAUUGAAAAGCCAUUGUAGCAUGUAGCAAAAAAAAUAAAUAAUAUUUACGAUAUUAGAUUUAAGUUAUUUUUGUAGAAUAGUUUGUAUAUUUUUUUAAUAAAACAAUUUUUUGCUUUCCUUAACAUUUACACAAAUAUAUAAAAAAAAUAAUAAAAAUAAAUAUUAUUUUUCUACAACAACCUCAAGAUUAAAACAAACAAAAUAAAAAGAAAAUAGUUUCUAUGCGAUCACAAUUUAUAUUAAUCUGUUAUACAACAAAAAGAACAAAAAACUUAUACAAGAAAAUCAAAAUCACUCACAAAAACUAUGCGAGUAAAUAAAACAAUAUUUUUCUAUAUACAAAAAUUCAACAAAAACACGCUUCACCUUGAUUUCUUUGUAUUUUAUAUUAUUUAAAAUUAAAACUUACUGUGUAUUAUUUAAGUAUUACGAGAAAGAAAAAAAGAAAAAUAAUUAUUUAAGACAACAAGAAAAAUGUAGAAUGGUAAAUUAAGAAACAUUAUUAAAAAAAUCAAAUUGUAAUAUUUGGUAAAAAAAACAACAAUGUUAUAUAAAUAUAUAUUUACAAAUAAAUACUAAUAAAUUCUAUACAUUCUAAAAACUUA